GCAACCGGAAUCUUUGACUAUUUUGUGGAAACUACAAAUUUAUAACUUAGAGGAAGAGAAUCAUUCUUUUAGAUUCCAAUUUGUAGCCAUGUGCGUGGACUUCCGUUCACAGUCGAGCAAUUUCAUCUCCUCCUACUGGGUUUCAUAAUCAUCUUCUCCGAUCGCUUGGUUCGUUUCUUAUCCUUUUUUUUCUGGGAUUUGUUUGGAGGUUAAAAAGAUGUAUGUGGUGGAGAGUAAAGGAGGUGCAAUAGCAUGUAUGGUAAUGGCACUUUUAUUAUUAGGAACAUGGCCUGCACUUUUGACUCUGCUUGAACGACGAGGGCGUCUUCCUCAGCAUACUUAUCUUGAUUAUUCCAUAACCAACUUAUUAGCUGCUCUAAUCAUUGCUUUAACCUUUGGUGAGAUUGGAAAAUCCUCUCAUCAUCAUCCUAAUUUUAUCCAACAGCUUUCUCAGGAUAAUUGGCCUUCCGUCAUGUUUGCUAUGGCAGGUGGAAUAGUACUAAGUCUUGGAAAUCUUUCAACUCAAUAUGCUUGGGCUUUUGUUGGUUUAUCAGUUACAGAAGUCAUCACUGCAAGUAUAACAGUUGUUAUAGGUACAACCUUGAACUACUUUCUUGAUGACAAAAUCAAUAAAGCUGAGAUACUUUUCCCUGGUGUUGCUUGCUUUUUGAUUGCUGUUUGUCUUGGCUCUGCUGUUCACUCAUCCAACACAGCUGAUAACAAAUCAAAACUCCAAAGUUUGUCUGCCGACAUGAACCAAGAAUCCAACACAACUGAUGUUCCUCCUAAAUCAAGCAAGGGUAAAAUUUUUAAUUUGGAGCAAUAUGAUUACUUCUUCAGUCAUCCUUGUGCAAAAGCUGGGACUGCAGAUUUUCUUGUUCAACUCGAGAAUAGAAGAUCCAUUAAAGUGUUUGGUAAGAGCACAUUCAUUGGACUGUCCAUAACUUUCUUUGCUGGUGUUUGCUUUUCUCUCUUCUCGCCGGCUUUCAAUCUGGCAACAAACGAUCAAUGGCACAUGCUAAGCGACGGCAUUCCGCACUUGUCGGUCUACACUGCAUUUUUCUACUUCUCGGUUUCUUGUUUCGUUAUAGCCAUCGUUCUCAACGUCGUCUUCCUUUACCGCCCCGUACUUAACUCGCCAAAAACAACAUUGAAGGCAUAUGUGAAUGACUGGAAUGGAAGAGGAUGGGCCUUGUUGGCUGGAUUCUUGUGUGGCUUUGGCAAUGGUCUGCAGUUUAUGGGUGGCCAAGCUGCUGGUUAUGCAGCAGCAGAUGCUGUGCAGGCGCUUCCACUGGUGAGCACGUUUUGGGGAAUCCUUCUAUUUGGAGAAUACCGUAGAUCAUCGAAGAAAACAUAUGCUUUGCUCAUCAGCAUGUUGUUAAUGUUUAUGCUGGCUGUUGGUAUCCUAAUGGCUUCUUCAGGACAUAGAAAUGAAAGUUGAUUUUAUUGCAAAAUCUUAAGAGAACUGUGUAAAAUAAUGUGAAAAUAUUUACAAGGCAAUCCAUUAUCACAUGCCUUUGAUAUAUAGCUGUUGAAUGAAUCAGUAAUAGAACGGAAUCACACAGUUGUUUAAAAUGUAGGAAUUGUUCCUCAUAGAAUGUAAUUUUAACCGAAUGAAAAGUAAUUAUGGAGAGGUUCGAGUUUGUUAA